UGGGAAAGUGAUGAAUGGGGGCCGUUCUGCCCGCGGAGGAGGACCGCUCUCCCUCUGGCAGGCCGGCAGCCUUAUUUAUUACACAGCGAAGUAUAAAACCGCCCCGACCGGCAGCCGCCCUCCUCUCCAGCCCUGGCACUUGCCGGAAGAGACCACGGCGCCCGGAGUCCCAGCCGUCUGCCUCGGGGAGGCUCUGUGGCUCUUUUGAGAACCAUGCUGGGGAGGCAGCUCGUCUGUUGGCACCUGCUGGCUUUGCUUUUCCUCCCUUUUUGCCUGUGUCAAGAUGAAUACAUGGAGGUGAGCGGAAGAGCUAAUAAAGUGGUGGCAAGAAUAGUGCAAAGCCAUCAGCAGACUGGCCGUAGCGGCUCCAGGAGGGAGAAAGUGAGAGAGCGGAGCCAUGCUAGAACUGGGACUGUGGAUAAUAACACUUCUGCAGACCUAAAAUCCCUGAAAGCCGAUGAGCUACCGCACCCCGAGGUAGAUGACCUAGCCCAGAUCACCCCAUUCUGGGGCCAGUCUCCACAAACUGGAGGACUGCCCCCAGACUGCAGCAAGUGUUGCCAUGGAGACUACAGCUUCCGAGGCUACCAAGGCCCCCCUGGACCCCCCGGCCCCCCUGGCAUUCCAGGAAACCAUGGAAACAAUGGCAAUAACGGAGCCACUGGCCACGAAGGGGCCAAAGGUGAGAAAGGAGACAAAGGUGACCUGGGGCCACGAGGGGAGCGGGGGCAGCAUGGCCCCAAAGGAGAGAAGGGCUACCCGGGGAUUCCACCAGAAUUGCAGAUUGCAUUCAUGGCUUCUCUGGCCACUCACUUCAGCAAUCAGAACAGUGGGAUUAUCUUCAGCAGUGUUGAAACCAACAUUGGAAACUUCUUUGAUGUCAUGACUGGGAGAUUUGGGGCCCCAGUAUCAGGUGUGUAUUUCUUCACCUUCAGCAUGAUGAAGCAUGAGGAUGUCGAGGAAGUAUAUGUAUACCUCAUGCACAAUGGCAAUACGGUCUUCAGCAUGUACAGCUAUGAGACAAAGGGGAAAUCCGAUACAUCCAGCAACCAUGCAGUGCUGAAGCUGGCCAAAGGGGAUGAGGUUUGGCUGAGAAUGGGCAAUGGCGCUCUUCAUGGGGACCACCAGCGCUUCUCCACAUUUGCAGGCUUCCUGCUCUUUGAAACUAAGUAAAUGUAUGACUAGACAAACUCCAUUUUGGGGAAGACUUAGAGCUGAGCUGUUAUUGUCGUGACCUAAGGGACUUUAGAGUUGAUGGUUCUACAUGCUGUAUUUAAAUUGUUUUUAUCGGUUACUUUUUAAUCACACUACAGGUACAUCAAUAAUGUGGGAUGACUCAGGGGCUCAGAAGAGUAAACCACAAAACCAGUCUUCCAAGUGACCUUAACUGAUAUACCCAGCCACUUUUAUCACUCCCUCCUAGGUACCUAAAAGAGAAUUCCCUUCUUGAUGCAGGUUGGAAAUAAUUGUUCCCAUCAGAGAAGUCAUUUGCAAAGUGUUUCAGCUGCCAUAAUAGCAGCUUUCAGGAACCCCUGAGGUUUGGGGUUCAUCAUUUUAACAUUUCAGAGAACAGGAUGCAGUGGGUAUGAUGGGUCCAGGGAAAGAAUAGGGGUAUUUGCCUAGACCAAGCUACCAGCAGUAUCUAUAAAGCCUAGACAGGGAAGUAACACUUUGAUCCAGUGGGUCAAUAUUCAUGAACAAAGUACAGAUAUAUUUUAGUAAUUCCAGAUAGGUUUUAGAUAGCAAAAGUAUUCACUAUGCUCACAAAUAAUUAACUCCUUUUUUAUAAGGACAGCUAUAAUUAAAUCUUGACUUCUAAUGGCUUAUAUUUUUUGAAAUAGAGUUUUCCUGUGAUCCAGAAUUUGUUUGACCAGUUCUGGCUUAUCAGAUUGGCUCUUUUCUAUUGCAUUUCUUAUAUUAAAAUAGAGCUUUCUUGACUCUGCCUUGAGAUAAGUGUAAGUCCAUAUAGUAGAGAUAUUAUAUCACUUUUUUUUUUUCUUUUUAGGGCCACAUGUGCGGCAUA